CAGCAGCUGGGACUGGUUCGCAGGGACAUGCCCGGUUCGCUUCCUCUCCCCGCGGGUUUUGCGGCUCCCCGCGCGGCUCGGGAGAAUCCCCGGCGCAAGAGAAGGAAGAAAUCGACUCUCAGCCAGGUCAUUCUCCGGGCUGCUGAUGUCCCCGCCGCCGGCAGAGGCGCCUCUCUCGCCGCCAUCAAGAAGGCGCUGGAGGGCGAGGGCUACGACGUGCGGAAGAACAAGGGCCGCAUCAAGACUCUGCUCCGUUCUCUCCUGAGCCAAGGGGCUCUGCGUCGGGUCAGCGGCAGCGGCGCCUCGGGCUCUUUCAGGCUCCAGCGGGGAAGCGGCGCCGCCAAAGCGGAAAAGAGGGAAACAGCCGCGGCCAAGAGGCGCCAGAGCUGGGCGAAGACAGGAACAGCUGCCCCAGGGCCACGUGACCGCAGCGUUGAAAUCAAAGCGGCUGCUGCACGGCCCAAGAUGCUUAGCAGGAGCCCGGGCAAAAUCAGGGGGACGGUGGCAACGCGCAGGAAGCAAAUUUUAGACGAUAUUAUUAAGGGCGCCUUCCUUCUGGAGUGACGGCCCAGGCCAAGAGCGAGAAACAAACCCCCAACGGUUCUUUUCAGAACCAUCCCCCAGGGUUCAUCAAAAGAGCGAAUUCUGUGUGCGAACGCUUAGGUGCCGUCACCGUGUGUCCUAAGGAAGGGUUGAAGUGACAACCCCCAGUAAUCAGGGAAACUUACUUGCGUUGCAAAGAAAGCCCUAUUCAAGUACUAGCAGCGAUGAGCAGCGUAGUUUAUGAUACGCAGUUUGGGAAAGCCGACAGCGCGAUAAAAGCCCGGGACUUUCAAGAUUACCCUAAUGCUGGUGUUAAAGCAGGUUUUUAGUGCUGGUAAACAGUGCAAUGCUUUCUGAAACACGAGUUCCUACAGCCCCUACUUGCCUUCCUUCUUCCCAUUCACCGCAAGGUUAAAAUCUCACACACAGGAUUUUGGCUCCACACACAUGCAAUGAAAUCAAACAAA